CCCAUAUCAAAGUUGCCGUCGCGUGUAGCGCACGCCUCGUCUCGUAGCGGCUGCAGCGAGUUGAUCCCGACGAACUACGCGACGAGGAUCGAGUCGAGUCGAGACAAUCCAGUCAGUGGCGUGCCGCCGACCGAAGAGACGUGACGUCCUACCCGACCGCGUACGGACGCAACGAAUUCAAACACGAUCGCACGAACGAACAACACGAGAUCGCCCAAAAAUCCUAACACGAACCGAGCUCUUCAUUUGCUUAAACCCUUUGAUUUGUUACAAUUUUGUGUUUUCUAUGUGUAUUUUGUUUGUGUUUUAUCAUAUUACGGUCUUUUUGAUAUUUGAUUGCGCUGUAUCUUGAAAACCUACGUUCAUUUAUUUUGUGGUCACAAUGUAUUUUUCUACACACUUGGGUUGGGUUUAACGAUAUUAUCAUAGAUGGGGACGAUGGAGACGAGUUCGUAUACAUUCCUUCAAAAAUUAUCUUCAUGAGAGCAGAAAUUGAGAGAAUAUGAUUUUAAAAAUGGGAGGGAAGUCGCCUCCGGGCACGAAGCCCGAGAAGGAGUCAAAAAAAGAAGAGAAAAAAGAAGUUAAGAAGAAAUGGGAGAGGUGCGAAGACAAAUGUCCCGGGGACCCUUGGGCGUACUGCAUAGUGUUGUGGUGUGCGUGUGCGAUGAGCCUCAUCUCGAGCGGGUACAGUUUGUACAAGCAGCAAGGACUGCAGGACAGAUUGUCUUUGUUGGAGGAGCAGCACUUAGCGUUGAGGAGCGCAGUUCUCGAGCCUCAGCAGCCUCUUGUAGAGAGACUUCGUAGGGAGGUGUUGGCCCGACCACCGCCGAGUUACUGGAGACCGAGACGGAGUAUCAGAGAUUAUGGAGACUGCGUGUGUCCACCAGGACCUCCCGGGCCACCCGGCAAGAGAGGCAAGAAGGGCAAGAAAGGAGACCCCGGCGAACCAGGCCCACCGGGUUUAACUGGGGCGGCAGGAAAAAAUGGAUUUCCGGGGAGCAAAGGCGAAAAAGGCGAGCGAGGUUUCAUGGGUCCCAUCGGGUUGGAUGGACCGAAAGGAGAUCCGGGUCGACCGGGGGACAAGGGGCAAAAAGGUGAACACGGCAGUCCUGGAUUCGAUGUAUUCUCAGCGGUCAAGGGUGUAAAAAGAUCAGUGGACAACUUUAAAAUAAGUCCGUACACGACAGCGGAGAUCAUAGCCGUGAAGGGUGAACCCGGCGAGCCGGGUCCCCCUGGCCCCGCAGGCCCGCAGGGUCCGGAGGGAUUGCCAGGCCACGACGGGCGGACAGGACCCGCGGGCACCGCCGGCCCGCCCGGCCCCGCCGGUCCUUCUGGCCCGCCUGGCGCCAUAGGACCUAUCGGUCCAAUUGGACCUUCUGGACCUAAGGGCGACAAAGGCGACAAGGGCGAGCGCGGCUUCACGACGACGCUGAAGGGCGACGCAUUCCCCACCGGCAUCAUCGAAGGCCCGCCGGGUCCGCCGGGCCCGCCCGGUAAACCUGGCGAGCCUGGCCCCCGCGGUCCCCCAGGCAUAGAUGGCUCCCCUGGCCUCUCGGGCGUGCAAGGUCCACCCGGCAAGCCGGGUGAAAUGGGUCCAAAAGGGUCAAAAGGCGAGUACGGUGACAUGGGCUCGCCGGGCAUGCUGGGCGCGCCCGGGUUGCCCGGCCCGCCCGGCUACCCCGGCCUCAAGGGUGAGAAGGGGGACAAGGGCGACUCGAAGUACAGAAAGCUGAGGAGAAGACAGAACUUGCAGGGAGACGGCACUGGAUACGAGCUGUACGGACAUGAAAUUAUGAUGGGCCCGCCGGGGUCGCCGGGCCCCGCGGGGCCGCCGGGCGUGGCGGGCCCGCCCGGCAUCAAGGGCGACAAGGGCGAGCCCGGCGUGCGCGGGAAAGCGGGUGAAAGAGGCGAAAAAGGAGACGCAGGUCCUAUGGGAUUACCGGGGCCAGUGGGCCUGCCGGGUGAGCCCGGCCGACCCGGCGACGUCGGCCCCAGGGAAGCGGUACUGCAGUGGGUGCGACGGCGACUCGACGUCGACAACGAUUUGCCGCUUUGAGACGGCGACGGCGCGUCAUCAUCGCAGCCACCUGAGCCCUGACCCUCCACUUGACUCCAGCCACCAGACGACAAACGUCAGUGAUGCCGAUCUCUUAUAGACUCGCCAGUGUUCAUAUUGAUCGAACAGAAUUAUAACUAGGUGUUUAUGGAAAUGACUGUUUAAUUGUAAAUACAAGUGAACCCACUUUCCAUUGUAUUCUGUACAAAUUACUCGUAAAGUAGCUAAGCUGAAAUAUACAGCUGCUAGUGCGACAUCGCCCAUUGUAUUAGUCUGUGUGUUGCUAUUCGUAAGUAUUUUUGUGUUGUAUAUAUAGGUCUCGAAGAAAGUUUUAAUGUUUAUGCCAAAACGUUUAAUUGUUCUAGCUGAUAACGUACCUUUUUUAGUUUGUAUAAUUUUUAUGAACUUUUGGUAAUAAAUAGGAAGUAAAAUGUCAUCAUUAGAAUCGAUUCGUUGGCGAGUGUCUCUAGCGCUCAUAUAUUGUGGUUCAUUGUAGCAAUAGAUAGGUGCGUACUCGUAUUUGUAUUACUUUCGUAACUAAACUGCACCAUAGCAUCCUUUAAACAUACAUACGUAUUUCUGCUGGCGAUAUCGCCGGUACAAGUCGCGCAUGUGAUCCUCGCUCAUGUGACAGUUCAUUACAUUUGAACUUUUCUACGAGCGAUGUCGCAAAUAGAAGUACAUACUCGUACGUAAAUAUCGUAUUAAAAAUAAUCUAUAAAUAGCGCAGUGAUGGGCACGCGGUCGCUUUGCGUAAGUGAAGUUCCGGAUUCCAUUCCCCAAUUGGGCUAGUUUAAGAUUUCCUGAAUUGACCCGGAGCUAGGUGUAAUGGGCUGUGCCCUCAGAUGUCUGCUGCCUGCUUCCUAAUAACAUAGGAUAUCCUAACUUGAGAACCAGACAAUUGGUGUGAUUAUAUGGCACUUAUUAUUAUUAAUAAACAUAAUUAUGACUAAAAAAUAAUGAAUCAAUCAUUACCAAACCGUACCUCAAGAGACUCAGUACAGUAGAAAGCUCAAUAAUGAAAGUAGAUAUGAGGCCAGUCCUCCUAGACAAGUGGCAAACGUGUCUAUCGACAGAUACCUACGUGUGUAUGAGAUAGAACGAGAGAGCUACUAGAGUCUUGUUCUUUUUAUGCGUCUGCUAAAGAAAAUGUAACUACCGACAGAGACAUUUGCCCCUUGUCAGAGAAGGCAAACCAUUAAAAUAAGCGACAAACGAAUGUACUUGUAACCAUAUAAGUAACCGUAUCCACAGAUUACUUCCGCAUGCAUAACAGGAGACAACAUCGUUGCCGCCUCGUUCUUUCUAACGCAUGCAUGCGCUCAUAUGAACAUAAGGUAUUAUAAAAUGUAUUGUGAUUCGCUAGCCACUUCAUAGAUGACCGUGCCCUUUGUUAGAUCGCAUAACAUGCUACUAUGUAGCAGGCGUUGUCAAUUUUGUAAAUAAUUUAUACCAUAAUGUGUCUAGUAUAGUAUAGAGGUAAAUAGAUUUUCCAUAAUAUAUAAUUAUAUAUAGAUAAGACAUGAAAGUAUGUAUUGAGUAAUGCAGGUGGUGUGUGUUGCAAUGUACCUGUGCUCGCCUACUUCUGGGUAUUUAUUUUUUGUAAUUAAAAAUAUGCGACUGUAUAAAUUAUUUUAAUUGUAAAUAAAAUAUAACUAUUGUGAAAUUUUUAUUAUCAUAAA